AUGUGGGCAACCCAGAAGGAAUCCACCAGCUUUCGGUUCUCUUCAGUGAUCGUGGAACUCCCCAAUCAAUCCGGCUUUUUGAACUCCUACAGUGGACACACUUACAAGUUUACCAAGGAGGAUGUUUCAUUCAAAUACAUUAAGAUCCACAUGAAGACCCAACACGAGGGCUAUCCGCUGAGGAAGAUUGGCAAGCUGACCUUGGAUCGUAACCCCGGAAAUUACUUCGCCGAUAUUGAGCAGGCGGCAUUCUCUCCGUCUAAUAUGGUACCUGGCUUUGCGGCUUCGGCCGAUCCCGUCCUCCAAGCGCGCCUAUUCGCUUAUCCCGACGCAGCUCGCUACCGCCUCGGAGUCAACUACCAGCAACUCCCCACCAACGCAGCCAAGGUCCCCGUAUACUCUCCCUUUGAGAGAGACGGCAAAAUGAGGUUUGAUGAUAACUACGGCGGUGAUCCAAACUACGUCAACUCCUCUCUCCAGCCGACCAAAUUCUACCCAGAAGUCAAAGGAGUCAACCCUGAGUCGCUGAGCGUGCAUACCGAGCACGAGAAGUGGGUUGGCGAAGUUACAACCUACACCAGCCACAUGAAAGACGAUGAUUUCAUUCAGCCUGCUGCUUUGUGGGAUGUCAUUGGCCGUGAUCCGGGACACCAGGAAAGGAAUAUUGAGAAUCUUGCUGGGAGUAUCAGUGGGGUCAAGUCGGCACUCUUUAGCAAAGUCGACCAGGAUCUUGGGGUAAAGGUCAAGAUGGCGACCGAGGCAGCUAUCAAAAACUAA